AUGCCCGUGGCCUCCCCAGCAGGCCCCGCCGCCGCCUCCGCAGCAGCCCCCGCAGCAGCAGCCGCCGCCGCCUCCGCAGCACUGCAAUCCUGCAGCACCGGACGGGGAGGGGAGGAGGCCGCCGUCGCCGGCUCGCCUCUCUCGGGCCCCAGCGGCGGCAGAGGGCAGCGCCCAGAACUGCUACGCCAAAAAGGGCAAAAGCGAGCCGGCCCCCGCCUCCCGCCCCCCGCCCCGGCUCUCCGGCUUCUUUCCACGUCCACGAGGGGAGAGCGCCCAGGUCGGAGGAGGGGGCUGCAGCGUGCCUCGUCCCCACCCUGGGACCCCUCAUCCUCCAAGUCCCCGCUGCCUCGUGGAAAGCCGGGCGGCGGCCUGAGCCGGGAACUCGAGGGGUUGGAAGGCAAGGAAAAGAAAAGAGCCGCUCAUGAGGCCCCCGGGAUCCGCUGGGCGCACAGAGCGCCACCUCCGGCCGCGGCGCCGCACAGAGCGAUGCGGGGGAGAGACGCGAGGGAGGCGAGGCCUGAACUGGGCCGGACGGCUCCCCCGCCACCAAAGGGCGAUGCGCCGGGCUGGGUAGAUUCCGCCUGCCUAGACCUGGCGGGAUCGCACCCCGGCGGCGGGUCCCUCGAGGGGGCGGACGAGCCCCGGUAUCAGGGCUAG